AAGAUGACUCUUUCAGAACCUUUGUUCUGUGUUUUCAUUCUGAAGGACUUGUGAAUGAUAUAUCAGCCUCUGGAGUAAAGUGUUUUGGUCCCACUGCAAAAGCAGCUCUGCUACAGGCCAACAAGAAUAACGCCAAGUGCUUCAUGCAACAAUAUGGAAUCCCAACCGCAAGAUGGAAGUCUUUCACCAACCCUCAUGAAGCUUGUCAUUUCAUCACCUACACAGAUUUUCCAGCGCUGGUGGUAAAGACCUGUGUUUUCACAUCAGGCGAAUGCUUGUAUGUCACCCGGGAUAAAGACGAAGCAUGUAGAGCUGUCCAGCACCUCACAAAAGAUUGGAUACCUGGAGAUUCUGCAGUGCCGUUAAUUGUUGAAGAGUUUUUGCAAGGUGAAGAAUUCUAUUGCUUAGGAAUCACUGAUGGGACUACACUCGCUCCUCUACCACCCGUGUACAUUCAGAAACCUUCUGGAGAUUCACAUAAAGUUCAGCUACUUUCAUCUUCAGAAAAUCCCACGUGGAUUGCCAAGUUUUCUCUAAUUUAG